UACGACUCCUACGCACAAAGUGACGCGAUUUCUUGGAUUGUUUGAAGUUAGACAAUAACACCACUGAAUGUCAACUCAAUGGUCUGGAGGUUCUGGGUUCGAAUCCCGCGAGCAGGAAUGUGGAUGGUCAUUGCUGAGGAUUUCGAUGCUAAGACGAAAUGGUCAUCCAUUGCUUUCAGGUUUUCCAUGGUUAUCUAACUCUAAUGAACUCAUACUUUCAACUAUAAAAAUAUGUUGGAUAUUUUUCUGGUUUAUUAACUGGUGCAUUAAUUUUACAAGAUCGUUUAGUUUAUUUACAUACAAUUGUAUAUCGUGAUUCAUCAAGAGGACAUUAUCUUGGACAAUCAUUAGAUGCAAUUAUAGAAACUAAUGAAAAUUCAUUAUAUGCAAAACCAGAUGAAAUAAUCACUAAUCAAAUACAAUCGAUUAAUCAUAAACAUAAUAAUCAAAAUAAUCAAUAUAAUAUCAAACAAACAUUAUUAUUAUCAUCAUCAUCAUCAUUCAAUCAAAAUGAUUUAUUGAUUAAUGAUCAUUUAAAUGAAAUCGAUAAUGAUAAUGAUGAUAAUGAUGAUAUUGAUCAUAUUAAAAGAUGGGAUCAAAUAUUUUCUAGUCCAAUUAAUUUAUUGAAAACAACAAUGAUUACACAACAACAACAUCACCACCCCCAACAACAACAACAACAUCACCACCACCAUCAGCAGCAAACUGAUCAAACAACAUUUAGUGAAUUACCAUCAUUAAAACAUUUUCAAACAUUUGUUGAUAAGGAAUGUGGUCUUUUUUUAAAAAUUUAUCAAAAUUUAAAUUUAAUGCAUACUACAAGAGUUUUAUGCCCAAAUGUGAAUUUUCGAGUGGAACGAUACAUUUUUCCGAUUGAACCAGUGUUACCAUUGCAUGGUGAUGUUUUAAUCGCUUGUUACAUACAACCAAACUUUUCAACACAACUUCAAGAAUGUUUAUUUCGAGCUCAAUUUCAUACAUGUGCAGUGGAUGCUGAAAAGCUAUCCUUUUUCAAAGUGGAUUUAGACGAGGCAUGUGAGAAGACAAUUUUUCCAUCAACUGGUUGUGUUGAAUUAUAUUUCACAUCACAUCGUGAACUUAUUACAGAGCAUACGGAUAAUAUAGAACGUGGUUGUUAUAUAUGGACAACAGCUGAACGUGAAUCGAAUAUCUUAACAACAAGAAAACAAUUACAUGAAUUAAAUUGUGAUCCAUUUCAACAUCGUGUUCAUAAUAAUGAUGACGAUGAUGAUCAUGAUGAUGAUCAUGAUGAAUUCGUUAAUACUAUUCAUGAUAGACAAACAAAUAAAAUUUUUCCUAAAUUACAUAAUUCAUCUAGACAAGCAUUACGUAUAUUGAUUACAACACAAGAACAAUUGAUUAGUGUAGCUGGUGGAUUAUUUACACAAAGUAUUAGUGAUUCACAAGCUCCAAUGUGGUCUGUUAAUCAUAAUCAAGAAAUAACUGAUUCAUCAAAACCCAAUCGAUUGAACUUAAUGCGACAAACAUCUGAUCCACUAAGUCAUCCAGUAAUACGUGGUCGUAGUCCACAAAGUUCUAGUCAAUGGAUAAAUAUUCAAGAUGCUUCACAUACUACAAAUCAAAUACCUUUAUAUCAACAAGCAUUACUUAGUCCUCGAGUAAAAGUUCCACAAAAUAAUAAUUUACUAACUAAAGGUUUAAUUCAAUCAGAUUAUACUGCAAACAUGUACUCUGAUAUACCACAAUAUCAACAACAAUCUCAACAACAAACUCAACUUACACAUAAUCAAUCGUCAAGUGGGCAAAUUUCAAUGAAUCGAUCAAAUUUGGCACAAUUACAAAGUUUAUAUCAACAAUUACUUCAACAGCAUCAACAACUUUUACAACAACAACAACGUCAACAACUCCAUCCACAACAACAACAACAACAACAAACUUUGGAUUAUACAGCUGGUCAACAAAUAGAUAGUAGUCUUUAUGCAACUGUACAACGUCCAUCCGCUACUAUUCCUAGUUCAUUGGUUACAAGUUUACAACGUGUAAUUUUACAGCAACAGCAGCAGCAGCAACAACAACAACACCAAACUCCAAUGCAACAACAAUUACAGAUUCCUCAGACACAACCGUCAAUCAUCCCCAGUGUGAGUAUGUAUCCACAGGUCACACCAGCUAUACAACCCUUAACAACACUUAGUCUUUCUGGUUUAUCUACAUCAUCUGCUUUCAAUAAUCUUGCACGCGCUUUACUUCCUACAUCAGUUGCUUAUAAUACUGGAGAAUCAUUGACUGCACCACCAUCAUUGUCUGGUGCUCCACCUCCAACACUAUUUCAUAGUCCUAAUUUAAUGCCAAAUUCUAAUCUACUUCUUUCAAAUUUAAGACCACCAAUGUUUCCCCAACAACAACAACAGCACUUGUUACAGAAUUUUCAAAUUCCUUCAGCUAUGGAACCAUCUUAUCUUUCAUCACAAAAUAGAUUAGCUGGUCCAUCAAAUAUGGGAUUAAUUGGUGAUAUUGCACAAACUGAUUUAUUGAAUGAUCCAUCUUGGCAAGCUGAACAAAGACGAAGAAUUGAUCUACAAAGAACACGUUCAUUGUUGAAUGAACAAGAAAGGAAAUUAUUUGAAGAAUUGAAAAAUAUUCGUAAUCGACGAGCUGGUCUUUCAAAAUUAGAACAAUUUGGACGUUCUACGACUGGUAGUGGUGGCAGUGCUGUUGGUACUUCUGGAUUAACACCUCUAGAAAGUUAUCGUCGAGUUACUAAACGUAUAUCAACUAGUGAAGAUGCACGUCUUAGAAAUCGUAAUAGACCUUUAUAUGCAAUUGGUCGAUCUGGGUCAGCUGAUACAGCAAGAGUACCACUUGGCAGUGGUGGUCAUUAUCCGUAUGGUGAUGCUUAUGGAUCAGAUCUUGAUGAAGAUUCAGCUCUAUUGGCUAUUUUAGAACAAAGAUUAUCUAGAAAACCGGAAAGUCGAAGAAUCUACUCGGAUUCUGAGAUGGGAUUACAAGAUGCAGGUGAUAUUCCAUUACGUAUUGUUGGACAACAACAACGUUCUGGUCAUGUGGUUGACGGGUCUAGUCAAGCUUUCACUGGUCCCACUAUACCAGUUUCACCAAUGAAUUUACCAUUUCCAUAUAUGGAUCUCGAAUUGAAAACAACUCUUCCCCCAACUCCACCUCCUCGUUCUCGUAUUCAUGAAUUUGAUUAUUCUUUACAAUCCACAUACUAUCCAUAUCAUUCUGUCUUACAUCCUUAUGAACAUGAUAAUUUAUAUCGAGAUAUUAGUCCAUUAUCUGAUAUUAUUAUGUCAUACGGUGAACAAAAUGAAGACUCGGAAUUAUUUCCAAGACGGCCAAGGAUACAAGUUGUACAUUCUCCUGUUGAAGCAUCCAAUCAAAUAACAAGUGGACCAACUAGAGGCAGAGCAUUUUCUGGAUCUCCGACAAUUUAUCAAACUCAAGGACCAUAUACAAAAUCAAGAUUAACUUAUAUGUCCCCUGCUAAAGAUCGUAAACAUUUCUGGGGACAUUCAAGUUAUGACGAGCAAUGGUCGAGACAACCAGUCGCCGAUGGACCUACAAUUGAUCGAUCCUCGUGUACUAGUCCAGUACAAACACAUUCUGGUCGUUUACUUCGAUCACCAGUUAGUCCACCGUCUAGAGAAUAUAUUCGACGUCCAUCAGAAAUGAUUGAUGGAGGUAGUCAAUCGGAUACAGCGAUUAUGGCUGGUUUUAGUAGUCGGGUAUGUUAUCCCGGUACUUCAUAUUCUGCACAUGAUCAACCUGUUAGACGGCCAUAUAGAGCGAUGCGUGGUAAAACUUCUGAAACUACGAAAAGAAAUAGACCUACACAAGUCCCAGUAUAUCGAAGUCCAGAAGAUCACAAACCGCAAAGACAAAAACAACCAAUUUCAAGUGGUUUAGAACGUAUACCGGAUAAUGCUUUAGUUGUGUUAAGCCGAAUAUCAGCAUCCACUCAUAUAUGGUAUCGUCCUGAAAUGUCACGGAAUGACGCAAUGGACUUAAUCAGAUCAGAAGCUCCUGGAACAUUUGUAGUUCGUAAUAGUGGAAGCUUUCCACAUUCAUUUGGACUGGUAGUUAAAGUCCACAGACAUCAUACUCAUGGUGAAGAAUCCGAUUCUAUACGACAUUAUUUAAUUGAAGGUUUACAAUCUACAACGUCAGCUGUAUAUCAUGCAAUUGGUGUAUCUGGUACAUUAUUACCUCCAUCUAAUAUUCCAAUGGAUUCAUCAGCUUUAAGUGUAAUCCAUGAACCUGUUCGACUUCGUGGAUCUUCAAAUGAACCAAUAUUUACUAAUUUAGUUAGUUUAUUAUAUGAACAUACAAUUCAACCAUUAGCAUUACCUUGUAUAUUAAGAUUACCUUUUAAAUUACCUACUUCAAUCAAUAGUCUUCCUUCAUUAAUAGUAUUAACAAGAAAUUCACAAUCUGAUCAUAUAUCACCAACUUCAAUAGUACCAAAAUAUUCUUCACAAGUUGGAUCCUAUCAUACAGGCUGUGAAAGUCCUCAUGACUUUCAUAGAACGGACAGAUCCCAAGGAGUUUCAGUACGACAUCCUACAGAAUCUGUACCUACUGACUUAGGUUCAUAUGAAAUGGAAUCAUCAUAUAAUCCAAUACAACAACACCAACAAUCAGGAACACAUCCCUCACAACCGAGUAUACAUCAUUCAACUAGACAAGAUUCUUUUCUUACACCAUUUAGCGGUUCCAAGUCUAGAUCGAAUAGAUCUCCUCCUGCUGUAUAUGAAGGUGAACUAGGACCGAUAGGUCCUCCAGAUUCAGGAAGAACAUUUACAUCGAUUUAUUUAGGAAGUAUUGACACUGAGAAUCUUACAGGUUCUUCAGCAAUUCGUAAAGCAGUUGAUGUCCUUUUGGAAAAUGCAGCUCAGGUUAGACAAACCGAAGUAACAAUACGUGUUUCACAAGAUGGAUUAACAGUUACAGAUAAUUGGAGAAAAUUAUUUUUUCGACGGAAUUAUCCAUUUCAUUCUGUAUCAUUUUGUGCAAUUGAUCCUUGUCAAAGAUGUUGGGAAUCACCUGAACUCAGAUCAAUGGGCUUCAAAUCUUCAUUAAUUUUUGGUUUUGUUGCUAGAAAACAAAAUACAAGAGAAAAUAUGUGUCAUGUAUUAUGUGAUACACCAGAAUGUAAUGCAAAUAUAAUUACAGAUUAUAUUAUGCAUCGAUUAAAUGAAUAUUAA